UAAAGGUAUUGCAAUUAGUUGCAUUCAAACCAUUGCCAUGAAGUGGAUUUCCUUGAUCUUUGCCUUGGGCUUUUUGGCCCUGGCCAGUGCCUCUCCACUGGUUCCUGGUAACGUUGUUAUAAACGGGGAUUGCCGAAACUGCAAUGUCCAUGGAGGUUAAAUCUUGAAUGCUGUUAAUUGUGGAAUAUAACGAAACAUUUGAUAAAUAUCUGUGGUUUUAUCAAAUUUGUACUUUAUUAGUUCAGAUAUGUACUAAAUUUUAGACAGAUCAAUUCGAAUAACCAAAUAACUCACCACAAAUUUGAAAUAAAUAUGUAAAAUCCAUAUCACUUUUAUCCAAUAA